AUGUUCUUGGUUUGCAGUAUUCAACGCUUAAUUUUAGGACCACCUGGUCAACCAGGACCGGUUGGCCCACCAGGUCAACCAGGUACACCUGGACCGGACGGUGAGAGAGGAGAACCAGGAAGACCAGCAGCAAGUACACCAUCAAUACCCGGUGAUCCAGGACAGCCUGGAGAACCAGGACCUCCUGGACUCCCCGGACCAGACGGUAAUCCUGGGCGCGACGGACAAGCCGGACAACCUGGACCGAAUGGUCCACCAGGACCUCAAGGACCACCCGGAAAUGCAGGUGCAGAUGGAGAACCUGGUGCGGAUGGACAGCCUGGACCACAAGGCGAGAGAGGUAUUUGCCCGAAAUAUUGCGCCCUUGACGGAGGUGUAUUCUUCGAAGACGGUACAAGAAGAUGA